AUGCUGAACCAUGAACUAUAUAACAGUGUACGACAUGACCAAGAGAAACUUUAUGCUGCAAAUCCUUCAAGGAUGGUUGGCAACAAUCAUCUUUCAUCUCAUUAUCAGACCGACUUCCAGCAGCAGCAGAUGAAAGAAGAAGAGGAGAGAAGUAAAAUAGAGAAAGGAAAAGAAGGAGCUACUGUGGAUCUUAUGCAAGUGCUUCUUGCUAGCACUAAAGAAGUUAAGGAACAAAAUGAUGGGUUUGUUGAUGUGGUCAAGAAAACCAAAGGAAAUAAUGGAAUUUUUUUUCAAAAGAAGCUACAGGGGGGAAAACAGAUUUCGAGUCAGGGGCAUCAAGGGAAUUUCUUGAAAAAUGAAGGUUCAGGGGUUUUUGCUGGAAACCGCAAGCAGGGGCAAAAAGGGAAUUAUCCGAAAAUUGGAAAUUCUAGGGCUUCUGUUGGAAUUCGCUAUCAGGGGUAUAAUGGGAAUAAUCAGGAAAAUUUGGAAUUUAGUUUUGAUAGAGGUGGGAAGACAGGAGGUAAAAAUGGGCAGGGGUAUUAUGGGAAUAUUCAGCUAAUGAAAGGAACGUCUAAUGAUUCAAAGAUUGAACAGGGGCAAAGUUGGAAAAGUAACAAGGUUAUGGGAAAGAACAAGGAUGGGGGUGAUGUUUCGGAAGUCAAAGGGUUUGUGGGGAAUAAUUCUAGGAGUCGGUCUGAUCAGGAAGCUAAAAAAUCAGAAGCAAGGGUGAAUUUUAAUGGUAGCAGGCAGGGCUAUAUUCCGAAAUCUGGGGCUCGAUUUCAAAAUCGAUAUUAUGGCUUGCUUUUAAAAUCGAUUUCAUUAAUUUUAUAUAAGAAGGGUACAGAUGACCUAAUUUUAUAUAAGAACUCUAGAACUGAUACGUACCUUUCUCUUUGA